AUGAUAUCAGCGUAUCACUGCUGCGUCUGCUACUUCUGCUUCGACGGUUUCCUGUGCCAAAUAAACAUAACACUAGUUGGUCAGUUUCUUAUACUCCAGGAGGACCUCAGGAACAUCUGCGGUCACCCUGAGGACGACUCCGCGCCAGAGAAUGAAACUCGUAUUUACCUGCGUUUCAGAGAAUGUGUAAUCAAGCAUCAGAAACUCAUAAAUUUCAUAAACACCAUCAAAGAACUGUACAAGAACACUAUCCUAGGGAUCGUCGUUGUCCUGAGCAUUUUGAUUUGUCUGCAAUUGUAUCAGCUGAUGACGACCGUUGGUGAAUUGUUUUCCCAAAUUCACUCGUUCGUCUACGUCUGCAACACUGUCGUUCAGCUAUUCUUCUUCCUGCUCACCUGCAAUGAUCUCUCCGAAGCAAGCACAGAUCUGUCUCAAGCAGCAUACGACGUCAAGUGGUUCUUCAUGAAGUCCGAUGCCUUGAAGAAAAGAUUGGCCAACGAUCUCACGAUUGUCAUCAGACGCUCGCAGAAGCCUUGCAAUCUGGCUGUGGGUGAAUUCUCAUCUGUUACACUGCGAACCUUCACUUCGAUCUGUAACACAUCAUUUUCUUAUUUAACUCUGAUGAGGCAGACUGUUCAACAUGACUGAUAACGAGACAUCUAAUAUCUGUCGUAGUCAUUUAGAAUUAGUUAUCAUAUCAAGAUAUAUAUCACUGUUAGAAAGCGUCGAACGGUAGAUAAGGAUUGAAUCAGGAGUUGAGUUUCGCACUUUGUAUUUAUUCAAACGCAAUCCUGAGGUAGACUUUGGUAGAUAUUUCUUAAAUCUUCGGUAGAUAUUCG